ACUCGUUAGUCAACCGUCCGUGGUAUCGAUCGACAAGUCGGCAGUGCGCGGACAAACGGUGAAACGUGCGUCGUACCUAUGCGUUUGGAUCUUUCCCUCUGCGCUUCCGCGCUAGUUCGUUGAUUAGUUUUUUCCUUCCUCUCGGAUUUGUGAGCUUUCGUGAGUGACACAGACUAAGUUCAGUUUUGCGUUUGCUGCUACAUAUCUGCUACUACCUUGCAAGGACCCGAAGGCCACAGCUUAGUGAAUCGACGCUGUUUAGUUUCAGCGGGGCGCGCGGUUCAGAAUCGUGUUGAACCUCAAACGAGACGGAUCUCGUUGGGUGGCUCUCGUAGGGCUUUGCUGUAAACGCGCGGAGUGAUCGUGGUGGUGUUCGAUUGUGAUAGCAUAAAGUGGGUGCAAGUUUGCUGCCAGUAGAAUCGAUAAAGAAUCGCGGAAAAGAACUGCAACGGCGAGAUGUCGAACAUUAGUGCAUUCUAUCGCGACAAGGUCGUGUUCGUGACCGGUGGGACCGGGUUUAUUGGAAAAAUCGUGGUUGAAAAGUUGCUCCGAACGAGUGAAGUGAAAGAAGUCAUUCUGCUGGUACGGGAAAAGAAGAAUACACUACCGGAGCAGAGGAUCAAGGACUUAUGUUCUUCACCGGUGUUCGACAGGCUUCAAAAGAAAUCACCAAAAUUCAAAGAUCGCAUCAAGGUCGUUGAAGGUAACUUGGAAAAGGCUGGACUGGAUCUAUCCCCAGAGAACAUUCAAUAUCUACACGAAAAUGUCAACGUCAUCCUUCACAUCGCUGCCACAGUUAAAUUCGACGAAGAAAUCAUCAAAGCACUGAGCAUCAACUUGCUUGGUACACGAGAGGCGCUAGAAAUCGGCAAACAGGCCAAAAAUCUAGAGAGUUUCAUAUACGUAUCGACGGCUUACUCCAACAGCUUCUCGGAACACAUCGAAGAACGGAUCUAUACACUCGACAUCAGCCCGGAGAAAAUUCUAGCAAAUCUGAACGAUGACAAAAUGAAACAAGAAGUCCACAAAUAUUCGCUUAAGUGGCCUAAUACGUACACCUUCACAAAAGCCCUAGCGGAAGCUCUGACACAGGGUUACCGUCAGUAUUUCCCAGUUGCAGUAGUGCGACCAUCCUGUGUGAUGCCUGCAUUAGACGAACCGAUACCUGGCUGGUGUGAUAGUAUAUACGGAACCAAUGGCACGUUCAUCGGUUGGUAUUAUGGAUUGAUUCGGACAAGCCAAAUCAAUCCACAAGUACAGAUCGACACCGUUCCUGUGGACUACGUUAGUAAUACAAUUAUCUCCGUCGCGUGGAAAACCCACGCCACUCGAGAAGAAGAGAAGGACGUUCUAGUAUACAAUUGCGUGAGUUCCACCGAUAACCCCUUGACGUUUGACGAGCGGCGGAUUGAGUGCGAAAAGGUCAUUCAGAAGCACCCACUGUUGACGGGACUGUACAAACCGAUGAGUGUGUGCACCACCAGCGAUACGCUUUUCCGCUUCUAUUCUCUCUUACUGCACUACUUGCCCGCUUUCUUGAUGGACACAGCUCUGAGGCUGCGCGGAGAGAAGCCACGACUAGUCAGUACCUACCAAAAGAUUGAUAAGGUGGUCGAAACCGUUAAAGUGUUCACCAACACUACGUUCUUCUUCGACAACGGGAACAUGCGAGAUCUCUACGUACUCAUGAACUCGUACGACCAUCGACAAUAUCCAUGUGACAAUCGCUCGUACAGCUGGCGGCUGUAUUUUGAGCGCAUCGUUCCAGGUCUGAAGAAGACCUUCUUCAAAGAAGAUCUCAACAAUGUGAAGCAGGCCCACCAAGCAAUGCGCAAGAAGGAACUAACGGUCAACAGCAUCUUGGCGCUCAUAUUCGCUAUCAUGGUUUUUCAGCUGUAUUAUAUGCUUUUCUAAAAAAAAAACUAGAGAGCUUUUAAUUAGGCCUUCUUGCACAGAGUGUGUGAUUACCAUACCAUCAGCAUGCACUGUGCAAAAAGGUCUGAUUAAAAGAAAUUAUAUAAUCCCCUGCCGCAAGUUCGGUAGAGUAAAACGACAGAGGGGCCCCGGGGAGAUGUUGUGUCAUAGAUGCUCUAGGGCAUAACGGUGAGACCUUGAACAGAUGUUCAUUAUAAUUGUCAUAUAAGUGUAUGCCAUGCCAGGAGCAUGUGAUUCGAUACGCUUUUUGCAAUAAUAGGGAACUGUAAAAAAUGUAUUAAAAGAGUUAAGUAUAAACAAGCAAAAGAACCAACCAGGCGAUUGUGCAUAAACCGGUCAACUUCAAAUCUAGGUAACAGUCUUACUUUCACCAUACAUACACGUAUUUAUUGAACCGAAUCUGAGUGCUUUGUAUACUAAAUGCUAAACUUAUUUGAUAUAGUCAAUAAAUCCAAUCAACACAAUGGAUUAGGGAGAAUCGAAA